GUCGGUACCAGAGUGCAUUGCGGCAACAUGGCUGCCCCCAGACAGCACUGUGCUCGCCUAGUUCGGUCCGUGUUGGGGGCUUGGCAGCGGGGCCCGCGUGCUGGGAGGGAGUGGGAGGCUCCGCCCGGCUUGUUUCUAGGUAACCAAGUGAGGUGCGUGUCCUGUGGUGUCGUGGGCGCCGCUUUCUCUGGUCCCCUCCUGGCCUCCGCCUCUAGUCGUUAUGGUCAGUACUCUGCCUUGGACCGUAUCCUUGGGUUUCCUCAGCCUGACAGUUCGUUGGCUCCAAGCGUCCCCGCGGUAUCGGUGCACAGAGAUGAACAGAAUCUGCUCUUGGUCCAUACUCCUGACAUGCCUGAGAAUUCACGGGUCCUCCGAGUGGUCCUCCUGGGAGCCCCAAAUGCAGGAAAGUCAACACUCUCCAAUCAGCUGCUGGGCCGAAAAGUGUUUCCUGUCUCCAAGAAGGUGCAUACCACUCGAUGCCAAGCUCUAGGGGUCAUCACAGAGAAGGAGGCCCAGGUGGGCUGGGGAUCCAACCCAGGACCUCUUGGGUACUACCCACGAGUUCUGCCGAUGAGCCACAGCUCCAUCAACACAUCACCAUCCACAUCAUUUAUUCUUAGUCGUCCUCUUUUUGGAGUAUCUCAUGUAACAAUUCUGCUUGACACACCUGGCAUCAUCAGUCCCGUUAAACAGAAGAGGCACCAUCUGGAGCUGUCUUUGGUGGAAGACCCGUGGAAGAGCAUGGAAUCUGCUGAUCUUGUUGUAGUUCUUGUGGAUGUGUCGGACAAGUGGACCAGGAGCCAGCUAAGCCCCCAGGUGCUGCAGUGCCUGACCCGCUUCUCCCAGGUCCCUAGCAUCCUCGUCCUAAACAAGGUAGACUGCCUCAAGCAGAAGUCAGUUCUGCUGGAGCUGACAGCCGCCCUCACUGAAGGUGUGGUCAACGGCAAGAAGCUCAGUAUCAAGCAGGCCUUGCACUCACACUCACGCCUUGGCACCCACUGCCCCAAUCCUGCAGCGAAGGACCCAAAUACAUACUCAGUGAGAAACCCUCAGAGAAUUGGCUGGCCCAACUUCCAGGAGAUCUUCAUGUUGUCAGCGCUAAACAACAAGGACGUGAAUACACUAAAGCAAUACCUCCUGGCACAGGCCCAGCCAGGACCCUGGGAGUUCCACAGUGGAGUCCUCACUAGCCAGACACCUGAAGAGAUCUGUGCCAAUAAAAUCCGAGAGAAGCUCCUAGAGUACCUGCCUGAGGAGGUGCCCUACAAUGUGCAGCAGAAGACGGUGAUAUGGGAAGAAGGACCAAGUGGGGAGCUAGUGAUCCAACAGAACCUUCUGGUGCCCAAAGAAUCUCAUAUGCGGAUCCUGAUUGGUCAGAAGGGCCUUUUGAUCUCCCAGAUUGCACAGGAGGUGGGCCGAGACCUCAUGGACAUCUUCCUCUGUGACGUUCGCAUCCGCCUUUCUGUGAAACUUCUCAAAUGACCAUCUUCUGAUGCUACCCCUAGAGCAUCCCUGCUCAGCUGCAGCAGUGACUGACUGGGACUGGGACUACCCCUGUCAAAGGGGCCUGUAGGGCUGGUAAGGGCCAUGGACACUGGCUGGCUGCUAGCCAGCCUGGCCUCGUUGAGUCUGCACAGUGCCUGCCCCGCCCGCCAUGUUUUCCACUGGAGGAAAGAAGCUGCCUUAGUUCAGUUUUCAGGUAGGGUCUCAGCUAUCCAGGUCUUAGACGGCUGUGUCCCUGGUGUGAGUAGGCUCAUCCUACCCCCGCUAGCACUGCACCCACUCUUGCCCUGAGUUCCCAGCUGCUGGCAGGAAGAAAGUUUUUCUCUGUGACCCCAAGUUCCUCACCUUGAACUUAUGUAAAGGCCUGUCUUUUCUUCCUCCCUCCCUCCUUCCCUCCCUCCCUCCCUCUCUCUCUUUUGAGGCAAGGUUCUCACCAUACAACUCUGGCUAUUGCGUGCUAGGCAGACCAAGCUAGCUUUGAACUUACAGAGAUCCAUCUGUCUGCCUCCCUAGUGCUGGGUUAAAGGCAUGCAUCACCAAUACCUGGGACAACCUGUGUUUCUUUUCUUUUUUUCUUUUUCUCUGAAACAGGGUU